CGUUCCUCCUCGCCAGGGUUGUUCCCCUCCCCUAUUUUCGAUCCCUUCGCGCUCCGACUCUUCAACAACUUACUUUGACUCUUGUUCUACGUGAAUAACUCCUCCACGCUCGAUUACGCCAACAAAAGUCUUUUGUGUUUCUUGGAAUUUAUGAAGCCUUUCACACUUUCGGCAACGAUUCGACGUCACGACUUGCAGAAAUCUUGAACACAAAUGGGUUCUUCUUCACCUACGAACUCUACACUUUUGAUGGAAUUGAGGCCGGCGAAUGGAAGUAGGGUUGAUGUUGAUAGAGAGAGAGAUACCGCGAGAUUUAUGAAAGAUCGCGAACGCGAACACGAUAGAGAACGUGAAAACCACUACUACCAUCAAUCAGGACCGCCAGUAGUAUCUGACCGAGUUCCGAUACCACGCGAACGUGAACGGGAUUACGAGAGAGACCGGCCAGUCAUGCAUCAUGCCCAAACCCUACCGACACCCAUUCGAAGGUCACCGCUACCUGCCCAAUUACCUUCUACAUCAAAAUCCAAUUCCCGUCCUUCUUCCCCAAAGCUCUAUUAUCCUUACUCCAACGGAAGCGCUCCCCAUCCACACGAUACGCAGCGGCGACAUACUGUAACGCUUCCUCCCUCCAGUUCUUCGUCUGCGCCUUCCCUAGGACGCCCUUCCCGGCAUUCAGACAUCCGAUCUCACCCUGAAACCAUCAUUGUUCAAAGACCUUUACCCUCACCCUCCGCUCAUCCUACAUCCUAUUCACGUCAUCAACUUCACCCUCAGAGACAUCCUCAAAGUCAAGGUCGGGACGAAGACGUCAUCAUGGUUUCCCCAAUAUCACCUCAAACUGCAGGCGUUGCUGGGCCACCUUUCGCUCCGAGGUCUGCUCAUCCAACUUCUCAUUCAACUCAUCCCAAUCCUCCAAUAAUGAGGCGAUCUUCGAUGGUAGGAUCGAGCGGGAUUCCGCCGCUUCAUGGGUCGAGUGCAGGGACUGGUGCAACCGCGACAAGUCCUAUCCUCGUCAGUCCUGCCGAUCCGGAAGAUCCGCAAAAGUCCUCUAUUUUGGGUAAACGCGAGAGGGAUCGGGAGCCGGACUCGAGGAGAAAUUCUGCCUCGGGUGCUUCAGGACCUCCCUUGGCUCGCAGUCGCUCACGAUCCGGUUCUGGAAGCAGGCCUUCGAGUGUUGUUUUGGCACCUCAUCUCGUACGGAGUGGGCAUGGUGGUCCUGUCGUUCGGACCAGUGAUAGCCCGAGGACGCACCCAGCUGCUCAUGCACCGCCUCCACCACCACCACAUCCUUCCUCUUACUCCCAUCCUCACCCGUACUCCCAUCCAAGUCAACCGCAACGUUCGUCUCCGCACCCUACUCCUCAUUCUGCCACACUACCCCACCCGUCAUCAGGAACUGUCUACUCGAACGUGCUACCCGCACCAGGAUCAGUUCCUCCCGGGUCGGUUGUUUACGUUUACGGCUAUCCGCCUCCAGGUCAAUCUCAACCUUCACAAAUGGUCCAUCCUUCACAGUCGCAGCCCCCGGUCAUGACAUCGGGAAGCCAUGCCAGCCCGUUACCUACACCUCAUCCUCAGUCGCAGACACAACAUACACCCGUGCACUCAUCGCAUUCUCCGCUCACGGCGAGACCUCCCAUCUCUAUCCCACCUUCGUCUACCAGUCACCCUCACUCACAGUCUCAGAACCAGCCGGUACAGCGGAGACAGACGUAUCCCCAACAGGUUCAAAACCAACCGGCUCAACCUCCACCUCCACCACCCUCGCAUUCGCAUUCGCAUUCGCAUCCUCAAUCUCAUCAUGCGCAUCACCCUUCGCAAACUCAACAGCAUCCUCAUCAUAAUCCUCAUCAUUCUCAAUCUCAAUCUCACCAGCAACAGCAGCCGUCCCAUCAUUCAGGGAAACUGGGUCCUCAUUCACCUAGUAUGAAACAUGCUGUUCUUACUCCCUCCCAGAACCCGACUGGCUCUUCUCAAUCGCAACAGCCCCAUCCGCAUCACCCGUAUCAUCCUCCAUCGGCAUCGUCAUCUUCAUCUUCAGCCGCUUCAUCAGUCACAUCAUCAUUCCAACAGAUACUCAACACCACCUACCUCGAUCUUCUCACUGUGGUCAAUAAAGAGACCAAUGCAUCGAUUCAUUCGUUCGAGAAGGAACGUGCGAGGCGAGAGAAGUUGGAAAGGGCGUUGGAAGAACGGGACCGGUUGUUGCGACAGAGGGAUGAGGAGAUACUCACGCUGAAUACGGCAUUGCGAGGCGGUACUGGGGCUGUAUCUGUCCCUGUUUCUACUGUUAUGGAUCAAGAGAGGGAUAAAGACAAAGCGAUGUCGAAGCUUCAAUCGGACAUCACUCAUCUUAAAGGCGAGUUGAUGGGAUUGAAGGAUGAUAAUGCUGAUAUGCAGGAAGAGAUUGAGGUACUGCACAGGAAGUUGGCUGCCGGUGGUGGUGAUAAUGGUGGCGGUAAGGAUAGAGAGGUUGAGAGGUUGAGAGUGAUGGAAAGUAAACACGUUGCCGAGAUUACGAUGUUGACGGAACAAGUUGAGAGGUGGAGAGAGGAGGCUCGUACUUGGAGGGAAGAGAAGAUGCAGUUGGUUGGGUCGUUGGACGAGACGGAGAGGGAGCUUCGGGCUUUAAUUGAGCAACGGAAACAAGUAGAAGAAAGUAGCGCGAACGCCGAACAAAGUGUUUCAAUGAUCACCACCUCUCCGAUAGACGCUAUCACCGCCUCGCCUCUGCCCUUCACAGGACCGUUACCUUCGCUGUCUCCUCGACCUACCUCUCGACAAUCUAAUCUCAACUCCAGCCCUCAUCACGCUCAGUCUAUCCCAGUACCGCCCAUUAUGGGAUCGUUACCUUCCACCAGCCCACGAAACCAGCUCGUCACGACGAACGACACUGCUAAUGCUAUCGGGAGACCAGGGUCCCGCAGUGGCGUGGUAGACGAGAGGAGACAUCCACCACACCACUCCCAUCCUCCACCACGGCCACAUGUUUCCCUACCCGCAUCGCUUACGGAGGAACGGCCUUUAUCGGCUAGACCUUUAUCUGCAGUUUCACCUUAUCCGUCGAUGUCAUUGCCACUACCGACACUAGAAAAACCUUCUCCACGACUGACAUCCGCUCAUCUCUCUCCUAACCAGCUCCCUCUCCAUCUACCUGCUCCCUCUCCCUCGAAUUCGACCUCAAGGCCGCCGUCACGUCCGACGAUGAACGGGAGAAAACGCUCGAGGGAGGAUGCGAAUACAGAACGGGGUCACCGACGGGAUUCUGGUUCCAGUGCAGCUCACGAGCAUGAAGACGUUGAGAAGCCGGAAACACCCUCACGCGCGGAUCCUUCCCAUUCUUUCCCAUCUCUCAUAGUUCAAGAGAAGGCUUCAAAGGUCUUGAAGAGGAACAGUGGAGACGAUGUCUCCACGUCUUCAGCUCAUAGCGACGGUGCUGGGGUACCUGGAAUCCCGACAACGAAGAACCCUUAUCUUAUGCAUACCCAACUGAGGCCCAAGUCUGGUUCGCUUUCCGUGGAAGACGGGGUGUUUAGGCAUGUACAGCAUCCGCACUCGAAAUCCAUGCAUCUCUCGCAGCUACAUUAUCAACAGCAGCAGCAGACGUCGUCAUCCUUUUGGAAGAAUGUUCCUAGUUCGGCUUGUAGCGCUCCGGUCAAGAAGGAUGAAGAGCCAAAGCUGUCGUUCAAGCACUUCACGUUAUUGUACGAGGGUGUUGGAACGGAUUACGUCUGUCUCCAGUGCAAGGUCUCCACCACGACUAAACGCAAGGCAUUCCCCAACACUACGCCGUUCCCUGAACUCUUGGACCAUUCCUGGCGAGAGCAUGAGGAGCGGUGUAAAGAUAUCUUGAAGUACUCGCCGUCGAAGCUGACAGAGGAACAAGUCUUACUGAAGGGCGGAGGUGGGGUUUUACUGGGAAAGGCUGCUGGGAGCGGGCACGGUGGGCACAAAACCAGCUCAUCGCAUAUGAGGAAGGAGAAGAGUAACAACAAGUGAUCGCGUUCUUUGUUGGAUUUCUGGUCCCCGAUUCCCGCUUUUCUUAUUUCUUAUUUGUAAUUCUCUCUCUCUCUCUUGGUCACUUGUGUCUCUGUUCUUGUAUCUUCUUUUAUUUUGCGUUUCGUCUGAACUUUCCCCCCCUCGUUUCGUCUUGUUGCUUUGAUGCUAUCUUAUUCUGGCACUUGUCUAGUGUAUACAACCCCAAUUGUCGUUAAUUUAGGUACCUUACAUUGUGUACGUUUAUCGACUCUUCGUAUGUAUCUAACCAUUCCUGUUAUCAAUGUUACUGAAUUUUGUUCCUCCUUCAUGCUAACGCG